AUGGAAGCAGGCAGCAAAAAGUGGCGUGGGGCAGCUGAGUUUCGGGAACCCCGCAAUACUUUCUCGUCUGGUAUAAACAUUACGCCCCCCCUCCCCAGGCGUCUGCACCUGCACAGGAAGAGGUCGGAGGUCAAAGGUCAGAUGGCCGGAGUCUCUCUGCUCAAACCGCUGAAGGGCGUUGACCCGAACUUGAUCAGCAACCUGGAGACUUUCUUCACUCUGGACUACCCCAAGUACGAGGUGUUGCUGUGUGUGCAGGACCAGGACGACCCGGCGGUGGAUGUGUGUAAGAAGCUGUUGGGGAAAUAUCCCAGCGUUGACGCCCGUCUGUUCAUCGGGGGGAAGAAAGUUGGAAUCAAUCCCAAGAUCAACAACCUGAUGCCGGGCUACGAGGGAGCCAAGUAUGGGCUGGUGUGGAUCUGUGACAGCGGCAUCCGAGUGAAACCAGACACCCUGACAGAUAUGACCAAUCAGAUGACAGAGAAGGUGGGGUUGGUCCACGGGUUGCCGUACGUUGCUGACCGCCAGGGCUUCGCCGCCACCCUGGAACAGGUGUAUUUCGGGACCUCCCACCCUCGCUCCUACAUCUCGGCUAACGUGACGGGGAUCAAGUGUGUGACGGGGAUGUCGUGUCUGAUGAGGAAGGACGUGUUGGACCAGGCCGGAGGACUGGUGGCCUUCGCCCAGUACAUCGCUGAGGACUACUUCAUGGCUAAAGCCAUCGCUGACAGAGGCUGGAAGUUCUCCAUGGCGACACAGGUGGCGAUGCAGAACUCUGGCUCGUACUCUAUUGGCCAGUUCCAGUCCCGCAUGAUCAGGUGGACGAAGUUGCGGAUCAACAUGUUGCCGGGCACCGUGCUGGAACCUGUCUCCGAGUGCUUCCUGGCGAGCCUCAUCAUUGGCUGGGCCGCUCAUUAUGUGUUCAGGUGGGACAUGAUGGUGUUCUUCAUGUGCCACUGCCUGGCCUGGUUCAUCUCGGACUACAUCCAGCUCACUGGAGUCCAGGGUGGUGCUCUCUGCUUCUCUAAGCUGGACUUCGCUGUGGCCUGGUUCAUCAGGGAGUCCAUGGCCGUGCAGAUCUUCCUGUCGGCCCUCUGGGACCCCACCAUCAGCUGGAGGACCGGGCGUUACCGGCUGCGCUGCGGGGGGACGGCCGAGGAGAUCCUCGACGUGUAGACUGUGUGUGUGUGUGUGUGUGACUGUGACUGUUUGUUUCUGAGAGAGAGAGUGUGUGUGUGUGAGUGUGUGUGUGAGUGCGUGUGUUUUUAACUAUUUAUGUUCCUUUGGUGCUAAAACUUAUUGAUGCCAGAACAAGCCAAUGAGAGCGCAGGGUGAAAGAAGAGGAGGGAUGCGUCGCACUGAACCACCUGAUCUUUGAUCAGAACGCCAAACAGCCAAUCAGGGGGGAGCACUCAGAACACUAUCUCCUGAUUGGCUGCUGUACGAAAAUCCUUAGAGCUGAUUGGAGAGUAUUGUGCUGCCUUGAACCCUGACUAAAGGUGAAACUGGGUUGGGGGGGUUCAGGAGUUUCUUAGACCCUAACCCCCCUUCAGUCAGGCUUCAGGACAGAGGACCCCCCCCCCUCUCUGUUUUAGCUGUAUCUGAACUUUGUGCAGAAUUUAGUUUGUCAUAUUUUUCAGCUCCAAAACAUUUCUUCUCAAAGACUGAAAAUAAAGACUGAAUUCACCUUCCUGAGAGGGUAAGAGAGGGUUAGAGAGGGUUAGAGAGGGUUAGAGAGGGUUAGAGAGGGUAAGAGAGGGUUAGAGAGGGUAAGAGAGGGUUAGAGAGGGUUAGAGAGGGUUAGAGAGGGUUAGAGAGGGUAAGAGAGGGUUAGAGAGGGUAA